GGAGGUACCUCCCCAUUUCCAUUACUCAAUACAGCCUCGAAGCCACAUCAGAUGAAUGCAUCCAUUCCCUCCUAGGCUCUCGAAAGCCAUCGCCGACACUUUAGCAUUCGAACACCCGCACACGCUCGGAAAGACAAGCGACGAACAACCUGCGUGAUGGUCUGAAGUUGGGCACGACAACCGCGUGACGGUCGCCGUGGGUGCCUCCGUCAACUUCGCCAUGGACGCGCCCCCGGUCAAGCUCUCGGAGCUGCUCCGACACCCAGAUGAUCUCGACAAGAUCCCCGCGCUGAAGCUGGAAUUCACGCGCAAGAAAGCCGCCGUCGACUCGCAGCUACGGGGCGGCCUGCGCGAGCAGCUGGAGACGACACAGGCCGGCAUGAACGGCAUUGCCGACGGCCAGAAGAUACUGCUCGCCAUUCGGGACGAGAUGAUGAAGAUCGAUACCCUCUGCUCCGAGUCGCAGAACAUGAUCAAGGACUUCGCCAGCAUCAACCUGGUGUCGCAGGCGCAUAGGAAUUUCGGCGCCGUCGAGGCCAUGGUGGACAACCUUCAGAAAUUCAACGACCGGCUUAAUAGGGUCGAGGGCAUGUUGAAGGAGGACGAGCAGGACAAGGAGAACAUGCCGAAUCUCCUGGGCGUCCACUACGAGCUGACGCAACUACGGAACAUCCGAGACGAUGCGAUGGAGCAGAUACAGCGAGCCGAGGACCGGAGCCUACAGUCUACGUUGGAGGACUACUUCUCGCGGCUGGACGAGGCGAUAGAUUGGUUCGACGAGCACGUCGGUCUCAUAGCGCUUAACAUGAUCAACCUCCUCAUCGCCGAUAACAAUAGCCUGGUCGUGCGCCUCGCCAUCAUCGUGGAAGCCGAGGAGAAGAGUGACCAGAGGGUCGAGGCCCUACAGGAAGCGCUGAAGGAUCACAAAGAAAUGGCGACGCGCUUCCAGAGCAUCACGGACGGUGCAAAGAAGGUUAGGGGAUACAAGGAGAAGUUUCUAAAAGCGGUCGCCGUCAAUUGCGAAGGGCAAUUCGCCGAAGUCAGGGAGGAGUUCUUAGCGGACCCUACGAAGUUGGCCGAUAUGAUGAAGUGGUUUUUUAACGAUUUGAAUGCUGUUAAGCAAGGCAUGGUGUCGCUGAUGCCCAAGAAGUGGAAGAUUCUCAAGACGUACGGGGACAUAUAUCACCAGCAGAUGCACGACUUUCUCAUCAGCAUGAUCGAGGAUCCGGAGUCGAGCUCGGCGAACACGCUCGAGAUCAUCAAUUGGCCGGAGAAGUACUACAAGAAGAUGAGGAAGCUAGGCUUCUCGGAGAGCGACCUGAAACCUCACGUCCUCGACAACCGGGAGCAGGAGCUGGUCAAGGACUUCCGCCAGCUCAUCAUCAAGUUCCUCGACCAGUGGAUCGAGAGGAUCUUCGCGCAGGAACGGCGCGACUUCGCGGACCGGAACGUCGAGGGCUCGAAUCUGGACACGGACGAGUAUGGCUACUUCCGCACCAAGAACCUGGUCGACAUGUGGCGCAUGCUGCGCGAGCAGGUCGACGUCGCGGCCAACUCGCAGAGGACCGACGUCGCGGAAGGCGUCAUCGACGCCAUGUUUCUGCGGCUGCGCGGGCGGCAGCAGUCCUUCCAGAAGAUGCUCGAGGAGGAGGGGGAGAAGUACGAGGCGGACAAGACGGCGGAGCUCGAGGGCUUCCAGGCGCUGCAGGACUGGCUCAUCGCCACGGCCAACGACCAGAUGGCCUGCAUCGACGACAACGAGGAGGACGGCCGGCUCGCGUACCUGUCGAGCUUCAAGCAGAAGUUUGAGCCGAUCGUGACGCCGCAGUACAUGGAGCGGGCCGAGAUGGAGAUCAGCCUGCUCCGCGACAGCUACGUGGACCUGAGCACGUGGUGCCUCAGCAAGUUCGCCAAGCUGGUGAUCGCGGUGGACUUCGGGGCGGUGAUGCCGACCUUCUUCACGCCGCGGUGGUACGAGACGACGGCGAUGCGGCAGAUGGUGGCGACGCUGGAGGAGUACGUCGGGGACUACCAGCAGGUGCUGCACCACUCGCUGGUGGACGUGUUCAUCGAGAUCUUCGCGGACGAGCUGCUGGUGCAGUACCUGAUGGGGGUGCGCAACAAGGGGGCCAAGUUCCGGCGGGCGGAGCCGUUCCAGGACAAGAUCUUCAACGACGUCUCGACCGCGUUCGAGUUCUUCCGCAGCCUGCCGAACGCGGACCUGGGCAACGACAUCACCCAGACCUGGCGCGUGACCGAGUCCUUCCUGCAGCUGCUGACGGCCGGCAAGGACGAGGUGCCCGACGUCUUCCAGGAGUUCAAGACGCGCUACUGGGACCUCCAGAUCACCUGGGUCGAGGCCGUGCUCCGCUCGCGCGACGACUUCGAGCGUAGCAUGCUCAACGCCGUCAAGGCCCGCGCCGCCCAGAUGGACGUCGUCCGCGGGCCUGAGACCAUCAUGGGUAAGGUCAAAUAGAGAAAGAGAGAGAAGGGGAGUGUACGUGUGUGUGUGUAUGUGUGCGUGUGUGUGUGUG